AUUUAGUUGUGUAAUCAAAAAAAAAAAACAACGGCAAACCAACAAAGCACAUGAUUUGGCACACACCAGCAAGGCAGAUGUUGCUGUCUCCAAAUUAGCAAACGCUUUGUAACGUGGACACGCAGAGGUUAUGAAAAGGAAUUCAAUUUUCUGUUUGAGAGGUUUUUCAUUUCCAUUGGGGCAGUUGUUUAGGAGAGAAAAGAAAAAAAAAAUCACUUCUCUGACGAUGAGGCCAUUAAAGUUACUCCCAGGGCUACAUUUUUAUAAUGAAUUCAUUAUUUUACUGCUAGUCCAUUCCGUUCAUUUUUAGCAGGAACGUUGAGACCGUAAAAGAUGAAAAGGUGUUCACUGCAGAAUGGCAUCUUUUUUGGUAUUCUGAGCACUCUUGUCACUCGAUAAAUAUGUUCUGCAUACACAAAAAUAAUCUGAAAAUCAUUGUUCUUGAAUCUCAAAGCAAAAUCCCUUCUCUCCUAGCCCCCUGCAUAAUAACAGUGAUUUGUCCAGCCUGAAGCCGCAGAGGGGCAAAUAUUCUCACUGUGUGAACUGCGCGUGGAAGUCUGCAUGUAAAUGGAAAGCCGCAAGUCUUGCAUCUCAUGCAGGUUAUAGAUGGGUGGUGAAAGUGGCACUUGGGACACAAGGCACGUGCUGCUGGCUCCUGGUUGGAGCCAAGACAUCCACAGCAGCUCCUGGUGGCUCACCUCCAGCAGCCUGAGCUCAGAGCAGUGUUCAAGAGUGUGAAAAGGCACGGACUUCAGUGAUAUCUGCUUAUGUUUAGGUUAGUCACAAGCAUAAUUACCUUGCUAAAUUGAUCUACACAGGAAUAAGUAUAUAGUAAUGAACACAAGACAUGGACAGACUCUGAUAGAAGCAUGCAAAAGCCAUGGGUUUUCCUUGCUGGUCUUCCUUUGGUCUGCUUUACUUCCUAAACUAUGAAGUGUCUGCAUUUCUAGGGCAGGGAAGAAAAGUCUUAAGUGAAGUAGAAUAAAAAUAAUAAUCUUAAAAAAUGGGGUAGAGCAGGGGGUAGCUUUUAUCCAGUAAUGAAAAGUCACCCAGAUGGAUUUGAUUCAUUAAGUGCUUGUUACAAUCUUGUGUGGCCCUUUCCUGUUUUCCAUCCCCUCCUUUGUCAAGUGUAUGGGCUGACUGUUACUUUGACACUCAAUUAUAAGCUCCAAGCAGUCAAGGAACACUUCUAGCUGCAAGAUCCAGCACUCUGACAAGAUUUCUUCUUGUUUGCUAGGUUUUUACCAAUCUCUUUCAGUAAAAAAAGAUCAGAUAAAUAGUGGAGUAACUAGUCUGACCCAGCGUGAAUAUUUCUACUGAGGGUAGUUGUUCUUCCUUAUAUCAGCCACUCAGUGGAUCCCUUCUUGAGGCCAUUAAUUGUUGUGUUUGUCAGAGAGUGGCAAUUACACAACAUUCAGUUUUCCUUUCCUCUAACGUGGGGUCAGAGGCACACGUGCAAGGUUUUGCUGGAGUGCUGUGUAAGUGGUGAUUUGUUGUCCUUGCUGCUGAUGCUGAGGUUGGAUAAAUUAGCCCAGCAUAUAUCUCUUCACCUUCCCUGUCAAAGUGUCUCCUUAAAAUACGGUCAGAUUCAGUAGCAUUAGAUGGCCCAAGCUUUCUAGCUGUAACGAGGAAAUUUUGAUAAAUCGCCGUGCUAUCUGAUUGCUUUCAAAUACAAAAGGAGAUCUCACUAACUCAAGCAGUGACUUUCGAUUAAAUGCAAUCUCCUGAAUUGCAGUUUUGGUCUCAGCUGCUGAGUUUCUCAAUGUACGGGAAAAGAUUGAUGUUCCUUUAUUGUACCAGAUAUAAAUAACUCAGAGCUCCAUUUGCAUAUGAGAAAAAUAGGCAUCCUUGAAAUUUUGGCUGCAGAUCAUCUGCUAGACUUCUGCUGAGUAUAAUGUGAAUCUUCAGCUUGCUCUAAAUUACGUGAACGGAGAUGCAGCAUGUGUCUUUUAACGUCACGAAAUCUCUUUAAAUGAUGCGUAUCAAAGUGAGCAGUGAUUUGGGUCGAUGCACCUUGGUGGUGGAGGACAGGCAGUCAGUGAAUGCUUCCUGAAAAUAAAGCUCCCUAAAGUUAAGGACUGGAAGAUUUGGAAGUGCCUUUUUGGAUAUUUAGGCCAGAAAGUGCUGAUGGUCUUAACCGCGCGGAGAUGGGAAGUAACUUUCAGUUGUCAAAUAAAGGCGUUAUGCUGCUUCUUGUGGGGUGACAAGUGGGAAGAGCAAGGCUUGGACUUGUGAAAUGAGUAGAACAAGGUCAUGGGAAGAGUUGUGUGGCUAUUAGAUCAAUAUUUUCUCCAUUAAAAAGUAAACGUAUGAAGAUGAAAAGCUUUUUAAAGGUUUGAAAAUACCUUGUAGGCUCUAAAAAGCUCUGUCGAGAUUGAUGCUCACCAAAAAAAGAGGAGAAACAGUGUAGUGCCUAGACACCAUACAGAUGUUCGUCCUUGAAAGUCAGCUUCAGUGCUUACACUAUCAUAGACUGUAUUCUAUCCAUCUCCUUUGUGGUCUUUGUAGUUAGAGCAGGUGAAUCAAACACAGCUCAAAGUUCAUGUGUGGUUCUAUGAACCGUAGCCUCCUCUAGCAAAAGAGUGUUGACUUGAUUCAUCUGGUAUCCUGACUACAAUCCCAGCUUUAGGAAAUGCUUUCAUGUUGUCAUUUGGUGUGGAGUUACUUGCUCCAAGUGCACUGAAGUGGCUCGUGUUGUAACAAAGAACAUUGCCUUCCAAGGGGUCGUUGCUGUAUUUGUUGCAUACUUGGCACCUUACACGUGGGUUUUAUGGCAGUUUUUCUAUGCUUUUCAAAGUGAGGUAAAUGUUUGUCGUAUUAAAGCCUCCAAGUCUUGGCAAAGUCAGUGGCUGCUCUGAGUAUACGUGACUUCUGUCAGUCUGGGUGAAGUGGUCACCUACUGAAGUUGCAGCUUCAAAAGAAAAGGUGGGUGAUCUCAACAGACCAUGAACACACGUGCUUAUCAAAAACGGCUUGUCAUCUUGGCUUUGUGACUCAGAAGAAGACUCUGAUGUGCUGCUCACGUGCUGACCCCUUCAACAGAUGCCUUCAGUAAGUUUGGGAGUAUGUACCAGAUGGCCAGGCUCACCCUGCCAGAUUCCAGCACUGUUCUCUGUUCCGUUACUUGCUGGUUCUCAGUCCAAGCCUUCAAGCACUUAUUUGUAAAAUGCUGCGUCCUUCUCACCGGCAAACUUCUCAUCUGGUGCUGCUGGUGUUUCUGGCACCUGGGGCUCAUCCACUGCUUUGUGCCUUUGUAAAUUCUCCCUGCGACACGCAGUGUCUUGGGGGUGGCUGCAUCUCGCAGCAGAAGAAAAAGCAACUUCCAUGAAGAUGUGGAGAUUCUGAUGCGGUGCACCUUAAGUCUUCAAACUGACCUCUUCUGUGAGUUAGCAAAAGCCUACGACCUAAAGACCCAUCAGUGACCAAGGCUUCAUCCGAUGCAAGAGUCUCAAGUGUGGUUCUGAAGGAUGGAAGAGGAAGCCCUCCCCUUGAGAGGCUCUCAGCACCAACCCCAGUCGUUCCUCAGCCCUUCAUUCUGUCCCAUGGGGAAUGGUGACCUCUCUUUUUGCCUGAGUCAGUGUCAGUGCUCAGGAGGGGCCCACGUGCCUCACGAUCAUCUGUCAUCCAAUGCAAGCCAGGAGGCAACUGCCCCAGCAGACACAGAGGCAUGACUAGGCAGCUCUCCCCUCUAUCUGUGGCUGAAGAUUCUGCUGCUCCCAUUCUUGAGCUGCAGAAUCGAAGUCCCUCGGGAAUCUGUCGGCACAGCAGAGUCGAGAGGCAGAGCAGAUCAGGAGAAGAAGGAACACAAACGCACACGGAGAGCAGCAGCCAGGAAGCCGAGGGACAGACACGAUGCCAGUCUUGCACAUCCACAUUUCUUAAGCUUAUUUGGAGAUUUCUGAUCAUUUUGUCCGUCUCUUCCUCCUGGGUCGGGACAACGCAGUUUGUCAAAAUCACCUAUGAGACAUUUGACUGUCCUUUUUUCAUGACUUGGUUCUCAACAAACUGGAACAUUAUGGUAUUUCCCAUUUAUUAUUCUGGGCACCUUGCAACUGCACAGGAGAAGCAGUCUCCAAUCAAAAAAUUCAGGGAAUGCAGUCGGAUUUUUGGUGAAGAUGGUCUGACGCUGAAACUCUUUCUUAAAAGGACUGCUCCCUUUUCUAUUCUGUGGACUUUGACUAACUACUUGUAUUUACUGGCUUUAAAGAAGCUGACAGCCACAGACGUCUCCGCUCUGUUCUGCUGUAACAAAGCUUUUGUCUUCUUGCUUUCUUGGAUUGUGCUGAAAGACAGGUUCAUGGGAGCAAGGAUAGUCGCAGCAAUAAUGGCAAUCACAGGAAUCGUAAUGAUGGCAUAUGCAGAUGGUUUCCAGGGUGAUUCAAUUAUCGGCGUAGCAUAUGCUGUUGGGUCAGCCUCUACGUCUGCAUUGUAUAAGGUUUUGUUCAAAAUGUUUCUUGGCAGUGCGAACUUCGGGGAGGCUGCUCACUUUGUUUCUACCUUGGGCUUCUUCAAUUUCAUUUUCAUCUCUGUUACCCCGAUCAUACUGUACUUUACCAAGGUGGAGUACUGGUCGCCCUUCUCUGCUGUGCCAUGGGGCUACCUGUGUGGAGUAGCUGGCCUCUGGUUAGCUUUCAACAUUCUGGUUAACGUUGGCGUCGUGCUUACCUACCCCAUUCUGAUCUCCAUUGGCACAGUGCUCAGCGUCCCCGGGAACGCAGGUACGAGUGGCGUGCUCGUUGGCUGGAAGACAAGCAGCGUGCAGACAGCAGCAGCAGUUCUUUGUCUAAAUGGCCAAAAUGUGCUGCCCCAUGUUUCAGAAGUGAUUCGAUGCCGCUUGGCUCCCGCACGUGCUCCUGAUGGCGGUGGGAUUUUCGGCAGCCGGAGCCAUUUCUUUCAUCUUCCUUUCCCUGGAAGUGGUGGCUGUGCCCACACUGAGCAUGGAGGAGGGCAGGCAGCGGCCCCAGGGCUGGUGACUGAUGAGGGCAGCCCAUCCACGUGGAGCUUUACUCCAAACUCCUUUCUUCUUCUUCCGUAGCCGCUGUCUCUGCUCUUCUAAUUUCCUCCUCCAGCCCCCUGGCCUUGCAGCUCCAGGUGUUUGGGCACAUUUCCAAAGAAACAUCUCUGUUUUAAGGAGGAUGCAGGUCAGAGAUGCGCAGUGCGAUUGGCAGCCCUGUAAGGGCUGGGACGUGCUGUUAUUAUGUUCGUGGAGCUGGGAGGCUGGGCCUGGAGGAAUCACCUCCAGCUCACUGCCCUCCCUGUCGCUAAUCCACGUGGCACAAGGACAUGACCUGAUAGCAGCCUUUCAAUUGCUAAAGGGGAGCUGCAGGAAAGGAGGGGACAGACUCUUGAGCAGGGUCUGUGGUGAUAGAACAAGGGGAAAUGGUUUUGAGCUUCAAGAGGGUAGAUUUAGGUUAGAUAUAAGGAGAAGUCUUUACCGGGUGACAUGGCCUUGCAGGAUGCACAUCACGGAGAUAGGCCAGGCUGCUCUGAUCCACAGUCCUUUUCCUGCCGCAGUUUUGAUGGCGGUGUUGUUUCUCCUUCGCAGCUGUGGAUCUGCUGAAGCACAAAAUGAUCUUCAGCGUGGUGAGGCUGGGAGCCACCAUCAUCAUUUGCAUUGGGUUCCUGCUGAUGCUGCUCCCCGAAGAGUGGGACGAGAUAACCCUGAGGUUCAUCAACAGCUUAAAGG